AUGAUCCCAUCGUUUACUUCUUCGCCCGUUUAUGAUAUGUCAACUGGAAUCUACUACACGGCUGGUGCUACUGCGGUAAUCCCGACUCCCGCCUACGAACUGAUACCUCAUAGAGUUUUCGUCGGCGGUUUUCCGGCUAGUACAACUGAGCUGGAGCUAAGAGAGCAUUUUGAACAAUUUUUCACCAUAAAAGAAGUGAAAGUGAUUAGAAGCGCGGACGGCGUCUCGAAGGGCUAUGGUUUCAUCACGUUUGAUACUGACGACGAAGCGGACACAGUUCGCGGCAUGUCUCCGGAUAAACUGGAGUUCAAAGGUCGUAAACUGAAUCUUGGACCAGCGCUUCGAAGAAUGUCGCAGCGCUAUUCUACUGACUAUGCGAUUGCAACACCAACUGGACUGGUACAGUCACCCACAUAUGGUUACACCUAUUCUUUUCCACCGCAGCCACCAUUUGUUAUGGUUAAUGCACCACAGGCUUAUGUCUACGCUCCUGGCUCACCUGUACCCCAAGCAAUGAUCUAUCCGGUCGCAGCACCAGCUAAUCCUCAACUUACUGUGGAGCAGCCAGCUGCAAAUGCCGCAACUAACGGAGCAGCUAACACUCCAGAUGGAUCUCCAACUCGAGCAACCGUACAGAACGGUGAGGUAGUCGUACCAGCGGCCGCGAAGAUACCAGCGACACCACCGGCUACUGCUGCUAGUUCCUCAUUGUCUGUGGUCGCAGCGCCUGCUCCUCCUCAGCAGCCGCAGGCUUGCAUUCAGUACCCGGUGUAUGUGCAGCCGCAGGCUCCUCCCACCCCGAUAACUCCAUCGGUGAUGGCACACCCCCGUGGAUCGCCCUCAAAUGUGUAUAAUUCACCUCAGAUCACCUCAGUACCAUCUGCACAAUACUUCUCCAACGGGGAAGGCCACGGGAUGCAGUACCAACAGACAUUUUAUUACAACAACACACCGAUGGCAGCAGCAGGCGAUGCGGCAAAUAUGCAGAUGAUGUACAGUAAUGGAGCGCCUGCGGCACCCAUUUAUGGAGGUGCCGAUUACACUCCCCAACCAGCGCAGCAGCCACAUGAUUCGCCACCGAUAGCUCAAGGCCUGUUCACGCCAUCACCGCAUCAUCAUGGAGGCAAUCCACAGGAAAGCACAAGCGAUGGCUGGAGCAAUGCUCUCAAGAAGGAACUCGACGAAGCGCUUCCUAAUAAGAAGGAUCUCUCCAGAAAGACGAUUGUGUUCUGCGACGAUGCAGUCAACGUAAAGGAUGUUGGGAGUGGUGAUUGCAAAUUCGAGAGUCAAGCUGGCAUGAACCAUCGACUCGGACCACCAGGAAGAAAUGUACAGAAGAGACCACCGAGAAGGCAGCGAUCGGGUGGCCGCUUCAUACGAGCAACUCCGCGCGCUGUGAUGUCGCUGAAUGGACAAUUCCAAUCAAUGCGUGUUUCUAACGAGCACCCAAAAAAUUCAUCGAAUGAGGCUAUGCGCACGUCUGCGACACCGCCUGAGUCGCCGCAGUUUUAG